GGGCUGGUCGGAGCGCCGUCCUCCGUGUUUUCUCGGGUUUCUGUCCACGGAGCAGCAGCGGGAGAGUUAAUAAAGCUGUAAGACAGAAACAGCAGCAGUUGGUGAACUCUGGAAAGAAGAGAAACGGUUUGAGGCUCAGCUGGAACUGCUCAGUAACUGUUAAAGGAAAGUUUGGAGAGAGAAAAGCUAGCAGAGAUGUGGAGACAGCAGGUCAAACAGCGACUGGAUGCAGCAGAGGAGCAGAGACACGAAAUACUGGAUGCUGCUUUCAGCCCCGAACAUCCCGAUGUUCAGCUGAUGCUGCUGGUGGAGGAAGAUCCUCCUGAAGACCAAAGUUCUGAUGCGGACCAGCCGGAUCCAGAAUCCAUCUGCAUUAAGCAGGAACAGGAAGAGCUGUGGAGCAGCCUGGAGGAGGAGGAGGAGCUCCCUCCCACUGAAGACGUGUUCCCUUUAAAUAUAGUCAUUGUGAAGGGUGAGAAUGACGAAGAUGACGAUGAAGAAGAGAAACCUUUGCUCUCACAUCGUCACCAAGCAGAAGAUGAAGUUCUUCCAAGCAGCUCAGCUCAUCAAACGAAGGCAGAAAGUGAUGAAGAGGACGGUGAGGUAGCAGGCUCCAGCAGAAGGCUUGACCACAACAUUCACAGAGAGGCUCUGAACUCUUCAGAGACAGAGGAAAGUGAGGAGUACGAUAGAUUGAAGCGUGGCGAAGCUGACCUGAAGCCCCUAUCGGGUUCCGAGUCCGGAGCCGAAGACGACUGGACUCCUCCGGGAAACAAGACCCGGAGCUGCUCCGAGUGCAGCAACCAGUUCGCCAGCAAGCGCUCCCUCCAGAGACACAAGACGGGUCAUUCCAUCAUUCGCUCUCUGAACUGCAACGAGAAGCGGAAGCAGAAAGACAUCAAUUCACCAAGUAAAGAUCAAACUGCGCUGAAGUAUUUUAGUUGUGACUGUGGGAAAAGUUUCACCAGGAGAACCGAUCUGAAGAUCCACAUGAGGAUUCACACCGGAGAGAAACCCUUCUGCUGCGACGUCUGUGGUCAGAGGUUCAACCAGCAGGCCCAUCUGAACCAGCACACCAGAAUCCACACUGGAGACAAACCGUUCUGUUGUGACGUCUGUGGGAAAAGAUUCAGCCAGAAGGCGCAUCUAAACCGGCACACAGUGAGUCACUCAGGGGAGAAACCCUUUGAGUGCGACGUGUGUGGGCAGAGAUACAGCCAACAGGCCAACCUGAACAAGCACAGGAGGAGCCACACUGGGGAGAAACCCUUCGGAUGCGAUCUGUGCGGGCAACGGUUCAGCCACAAGGAGUCGCACAAAAUCCACAUGAGGCUGCAUUCAGGAGAGAAACCGUUUGGCUGUGACGUUUGUGGACAAAGGUUCAGCCACAAGGAGUCCCUGAAGAUCCACAUGAGGACACAUACAGGGAUGAAGCCGUUCGCCUGCGAAGUGUGCGGACAAAGGUUUGGCUACAAGUCCAACUUGAAAAUACACAUGAGGCUCCACACUGGAGAGAAACCGUUUUCCUGUGAGUUUUGUGGACAAAGAUUCAUCCAAAAAGGAAAUCUGGACAAACACACAAGAGUCCAUGUUGAAGGGAGGGGCGUCUUACUCUGAGCAGCAGAGCAGAAAGACUGAUUAUGACUACAGGGCGCUUUGACAGUCUGUUUUAGACGAUGUAUUGUUCUUAAUAUUUAUUGUUUCUGUUAAUAAAAUGUCCCAAAAUGA